AUGGAGGAUGUCGCAAAGGUGCAUGUCCAUCCAGUUGUUCUUUUAUCGAUAAUUGAUUCAUAUGAACGACGCAAUGAGGAUGCCCAAAAUGUGGUUGGAACACUACUUGGCACUUUUGAAAAGGGCAUAAUUGAGGUUACUCACUCAUUCUCUGUGCCUCAUAAAGAGUCGAAGACUGAUGUUUCCAUGGACCUUGAGUUUGGUAGAGCUAUGUUGAACCUGGAACGCAAGGUUAACCGUAAUUUACGCCCUGUUGGCUGGUACGCUACCGGCUCUGAAGUUACAGAAUCAUCACUUCUGAUUCACCAGGAUUACUAUAUGAAACAUGUCAAGAACCCUAUUUUCCUUCUCGUUAAUCCAAACCUUGAAAUCGGCAAGAAAAUGAGCAUUCAGGCAUUCCAGAGUCGUCCUAUCGGUAUCCCCGAUGGUACCAUGGGAACAAUGUUUCUCUCUUUGGAAGUCAAUUUAGAGUUCUUUGAUACUGAACGCUGUGCUGUUGACAUGAUGGUAGCAGAUUCUCUAAAUAAGGAGAAUCAGCUCUCUGAGGCAGCGGACGACUUGUCCUACCUCUACAAACUAACUGGUCGUCUGCUGUCAAUGUUGGAACGCGUGAACAAAAAAGUAGAGGCCUUCGCAAACGGUGAACAACCGGCAGACAGUGAGCUGGGUAUGGCUAUCGCACGUCUCAUCUUCUCCACGCCAAAACUGGACUCGGACAAUGUGGAAGACCUUAUCAGUUCGUCUUUCAAGGACCUUCUCAUGGUCACCUAUCUGACUAACUUGAUUCGGUCGCACACCAAACUGCUUAGCUUAGCUCACUGA